AUGUCUCAGAAUACCGAAGAAUCCAUUUCCUCACCAUUCACAAGCUCCCAGCCCACGCUUGCAGACUUACUGACUAUCGAGACCUCAGCGAGUAUUUAUUACUCGUAUGCACGAGAGACGGAGUGGUCGUCCAGGUUCCCUUCCGAUUCUGUCUGGUUUACGGUGCUCGUACCGACGAAUAAGGCUGUUAUGGCGCUGGCGCGGAAACCACACCAAGGUCCGGAGACGGUGGAGCCUCAGCCUGAGAUAUCAGAACAAGAGCUGGACGAAAGGUCUAAGAGAAAUGUCGAGCGAUGGGUUUCAGCUCACAUCAUUCCUUAUCGCAUCUCGUUGUCUGACGCGCCUGUUUCGUAUGAAACGCUCCAAGACGGGAGACUCGUUACGUUCACUCCUGUUCCCAAAUCAAAGCCUGACUCGCCUGACUGGAUGCGGGUGACUUUGGAGGAUGGAGUGCGAAUUAUAGGGAUGAGGGAGGCGCAGAACGGUGUGCUGUAUCUGAUAGAUGGAACCGUCGUUCCAAACUAG